GGCUCUGGCGUCCUGCUACAGUCUGAAUACUCAGGAGUGAGUGCGAGCUGAACUCUGCGGUGCAGAGCUGGACAAACACAGCACCCAUCCACCUCAGCGCUGCUUCACUGGCUUAAGGACAUAUUUUGGAGUAUCCGGGAUCGGGACGGGAGCCCUUGUCCGGUACCCAUUUUCGUCUUUUAUUUAUGUUUUGAGUUCAAGCGCGGCGACGGGACAGAAACUUGACUUUCUCCAGUCCUGCCUAAAGACUGCAGCUGUCGCGUCCAUAUGAGGCAAAUGUCUUUCGCAGUGCAUUAGUCCAGAAAGUUUUUUUUUAAUUAUUAUUAUUUAUUUAUUUUGCUUUCUCCCGUUUGAACAUUUCGAGCGACUCUGCAUGCUCCAGCGCUCGAGCGCGUCGCGUUCGGAGACCCAUCCAGAAAACUGCAUGCGCAAAGAGGGGGAAGAAAGGCAAAAGUCGGGUUUCGCGACGCUGGUGAACACUUUGCUGAAGAACAGGGACACGAUGAGCGCCGAUCUCGCCAUGGGGCCCGAGCUGCCCACCAGCCCGCUGGCGUUGGAAUAUGUCAAUGACUUUGAUUUGAUGAAAUUCGAGGUGAAGAAAGAGGCAAUGGCGGGGCUCGACCGCUCCAACAUCCGGCAGUGCAAUCGCCUCCAGCCGCAGGGCUCCGUUUCCUCCACUCCGAUCAGCACCCCCUGCAGCUCGGUGCCGUCCUCCCCGAGCUUCAGCCCCACGGAGCAGAAGAACCAUCUGGAGGAGUUGUACUGGAUGCCCAGCGGCGCGUAUACGCAGCAGAUCGAUCCGCAGACGCUAAGCCUGACGCCCGAAGACGCGGUGGAGGCUCUGAUCGGUGCCACGGCGCACGGCCAUCCUCCGCCCCCUCAUGUGCAGCAGCAGUUGCAAGCAGGAGGCUUCGAGGGAUACAGGGGAGCGCACCAUCACCACCACGGCCAUGCGCAACAGCAACAGCAGCAGCAGCAGCACCACCAACACCAACACCAACAAUACGGCGCGAUCCCCCAUCACCCCGAUGACAUGCCAGGUCACCAUCAUCACCACCACCUGCACCACCACCACCACAGUCAGGACCCCGACAGCCCCUCUCCUACCUCGCCUGGGUCCCACCAGCAGCUCCACCACCGUCACCACCACCACCACCCCGGCCAGCAGGGUCACCACGGCGCGGGGGGCGGCCUGAGCGUGGAGGACCGCUUCUCCGACGACCAGCUGGUGUCCAUGACCGUGCGCGAGCUGAACCGUCACCUGCGGGGCUUCACCAAGGACGAUGUGAUCCGCCUGAAGCAGAAACGCCGGACCCUGAAGAACCGGGGCUACGCGCAGUCGUGCCGCUUCAAGCGUGUGCAGCAGAAGCAUGUGCUGGAGAACGAGAAGACGCAUCUCAUCAACCAGGUAGAGCAGCUCAAGCAAGAGAUCAACCGGCUGGCCCGAGAGAGAGACGCCUACAAACUCAAGUGCGAGAAGCUGAGCGGAGCGAACGGGUUCCGCGAGGCCGGAUCCACGAGCGACAACCCGUCCUCUCCAGAGUUCUUCAUGUGAGUGUGUGUUUCCUAUGCCUGAGAGACUUUGCGCUCAUUCAGAUAACAGCAGUACUCAUAGUAGAAGAAUAAUCCACAAGAAAUAAUAAUCUCAUAUGUAAUCAUCGCCACCGAUCUUGGCAACUAAAAUGCGAAGAACAUGUUAGAAUGUUUUCUGGGAAAUGUAGAUUAGUUGCUUGUAGUAGGGCUUUUACCCAUUUCGUAGAGAUCUCACAACAAAAAGAAAAGCGAAGAACUGGCUUUUGUAUUUAUGAUAACUUCAGAUAAAGCCUUCUUUCCAUCAUCUGGUUUGUUCUCGGUUGUUCAGGAAAAAUAAAAUAAAAAAAAUAAAAAUGUUUGUGCUAAGCGGGGACAGACACUUUGGACUUUUUUCCCACUUGGCCAGAAAAGUUGAGAGCACCACAAUAUGCAAACCUCCCUUACUUCUCCUGUGUAACCCGCCCGAGUGAGGCGACGGGGGAACUUUAUGCAACAUCUCAUUGGUUUAUUGCCUGCUUGGUUAUAUAUAGAUAUAUAUUAAAAAAAGGGGGAAAAACGACAAAAACAAACACAUAAAUCUGCAUUAAGAUAUUAAUCCUGCAUGCUGGACAUGUAUGGUAAUAAUUUCUAUUUUAUACACUCUCUUCUUUCUUUCUUUCUUUCUUUCUUUCUUCCUAUUCAUUAUGUAUCAUAAAGAGCAUGUUUUUGAUCUUAAGCUCUUUUUUGGGGGAUAUGAGACUCAUUGUAUGGGUUAAUUUGGACUUGUAAAUAUAUGCAACAGCAAACCUACAAACCGACAUCGAAGAGCUGAUUGUUUUCCAAACUUUUCUGAUUAGUUUCAUGUUUUGGGAAUGGAUUUCCAGUAACGGGCAUUUUGCAGUUGCAUUUAAAGCAAGCAAACUUUGUAAAAGAAGCGCACUUUCUGGGGUAAUUAUUUUGGUAUUGGCAGAGCUUUUGAUUGUUUCUUUGUUUUAGCAGAAACCGCCUUUGAGGAAGACAUACCGCACACGCACAUUUAGUCAUAGGUGAAUUUAAAGCACGCCUUUCAUUUGAAAUGUGCUCAUAGUCUCACGUCUAGUUGUAGCAAGACACAAGUGUGUGUGUGUGUGUGUGUGUGUGUGUGUUUUCUUUCUUUUUUUCUUCUUCAUGCAGGCUGUUGCAUAAUCUAUUGCUAUUCUAUAACAUAAGCAAUACUUAUAGGUCGUAUAUUUUUUGAUGGGUAGGAUUCCAACGAACGGGCACACUUUCAUCGACAUUUUGUUGAGCUAUAUGAGCUGCCAACAUUUCAAACUGUAGUUAUUAUAAUCCAGCUCGAGGGUGUAGGCUUCCUAAAUCAGGGGUUUGUGUAUUAUUGCCUAACAUGAAAACUACGCAUGCAUUUCAAUGGAGAGUUUCAAUGAUCAAUGUUAAAUGUUUUCCUUCAUUUUUUUUUCUGCCGGUCAGUAAAAAAUAAGGGAUUCAGGUUCUGCAUAAUCUCAAAAUGAAAAAAGUAUAUGUCUCAUGUUAUUGUUCUGUUUAUUAUGAUUUUUUUUGUUUUAAUUUCUUUUAUUUGUUUUAUUAUUAUGUCGAGAUUCUGGUUCUGCUGGCCAGAUGCAUAGUUUUUAUUUUAAUGAUUAAAUUAACAAGCUGUCAGAUCAUAUUGAAUAAGCAUGGUGCUUGCAUCUAAGAAACAUUGUUAAAAAGUCAUGCAUUUAACAAUCUUUUUGGUUUAUUACUGAUUCAACUGUGUUGAAAUCAAAUGUAAACUGCAGCAGCGGGUUGUUGUUUUGUUUGUUAAUUUCAUGUAUUAUGAGGGGAUCAAUUUUCAAAUCUGUUUAUAUAAAUGGA